AUGAGUUUCAAUAAUUCAACAUUUCUUCCAUUGUUUCCUACAUUAUCAUCAUCAUCUAUGCAAUCAUUCUGUAGCUGUUGUUCACCUUCUCCUUUAUUUCCUACUUCUCCAAAUUUGUUUCAAUCACCAUUCAUGCCUGAUAUACCUUUAAUUAUUGCUUCAAGUCCAGUACCAUCAAUUAUUUCAUCAUCUCCAACAUCAUCAUUAUCAAAUUAUGAUAAUCGUUCAUCGGUUGGAUUACCACUUCGUUCAUCUUCAUUUGAUUUAUCAUCACUAAUUGUAAAAGCUCGUUGGCGUCGUGAACAAUUUGGUGAAUAUCUUGAAUGUGCAUUUUGUAAAGCAAAUGGUGAAUCAUAUGAUAUUUAUUCUUCACAUCGUCUUCGUGAUAAUGAAAAAUCGAUAACAUUAUGUCCAAUUCUUCGUGCUCAUAAAUGUCCACGCUGUCAUUUAUCAGGUGAUCAAGCACAUACAAUGAAAUAUUGUCCAAUUAAAGCUGAAAUAAAAGCUAAUCGUCGCAUGCAUGAAAUUGAAUUAGCUAUGAAGAAAAAUUAA